CCAGCCCGGCCCGGCCCUGCCCUGCGCGCGCGGGCGGCGCGAUGUGAGGCGCCCGAGGCCCCGGUCCCCUGGCACGCCAGCUCCGCGCAGCGCCGGCGCCAGCAUGCGCUAGCAACGUUUUGUGCUGACCCAAGGUGAGGACGGGCACGUGCUCCUCUCUGCGUCUCCGUCGCCCAGCUCAGUGCCUGCACACAGUAGGUGUUCGAGACCUGGCUCCAGCCGUUCCACGGACGCUGGGUUCCCCGACAAGAUGGCGGCCAAGCAGCCUCCCCCUCUCAUGAAGAAGCACAGCCAGACGGACCUUGUGAGCCGCCUGAAGACCCGCAAGAUCCUGGGCGUGGGCGGGGAGGAUGACGACGGGGAGAUCCACCGCUCCAAGAUCAGCCAGGUCUUGGGCAAUGAAAUCAAGUUUACUGUUCGGGAACCUCUGGGGCUGAGGCUCUGGCAGCUUGUUUCUGCCGUGCUCUUCUCCGGCAUUGCCAUCAUGGCCCUCGCCUUCCCCCACCAGCUCUAUGACGCCGUCUUCGAUGGAGCCCAGGUGACCAGCAAGACCCCCAUCCGCCUCUACGGUGGCGCCCUCCUCAGCAUCUCCCUGAUCAUGUGGAACGCGCUCUACACGGCGGAGAAGGUCAUCAUCCGGUGGACUCUGCUCACCGAAGCCUGCUACUUCGGGGUACAGUUCUUGGUGGUCACUGCCACGCUGGCCGAGACGGGCCUCGUGUCCACGGGGACCCUGCUGCUCCUGGCGAGCCGCCUCCUGUUCGUUGCCAUCAGCAUUUACUACUAUUACCAAGUCGGCCGGAAACCCAAGAAAGUCUAGCCUCCCACCGGGCCGGGGCCCCUCUGCGCAGGGAGGCCCUGGGGCCUCAGUUUCCCUUUUGUUCUUGGACGCCCGGAAGGACCCUGCUUGCCCCAGCCCUGCCCCAGGCAGGCGGGGGUGGCCGCCCUCCUCUCCUCCCGGGCACUGUGGACGCUGCGAUCGCCUGGCUUUCAGGUUUGGGGGGGACGGGGCCUCCGCACCCCGUCCCUCGCCCCACACAGUGCCGCCUCCUUUUCUUGGGCCUCUUGGCCUCUGGACCCCCUGGACAGACGCCGACGGAGAGCUUGAGUCACGGGGGCAUGGGGCUGAGGCGGGGCUCUGGCCCCGUCUGCCAGGAGGCCCUCCUUUCCUUCGAGAGAGGCUGUGGCCGCCUCCCUGUCCUCCCCGCCACCCCCGGCCAGUCUGGUGCCCGAGCAGCUGAACUGGGCUCUGUCUAUCCUGGAAGCCCCGAGAACUUGACCCUGUGCCCCCGCUCCUGCACAUGGGCCCUCCCCAUGUGUGGGGGUCCCUCCAUCCCCUGAGCACACACUCGGCCCUUCCCCAGCCCAGCUGGCUGUGUGGACCUGACACUCCCCUUACAGCCCUUCCGCGAGGUGGGCCACAGUCAGCCAGAGCCCUGUCUCCAGCCCCAGGCCUGGCCACCACGGGCGCUCCUGGGGCCUUGCUCUAGGCUGCUCUGGAGGCCCCUAGGAGCCCCCUCCCCCCAGUGGCCUGGGUCAGUGGCCUCACCCACAGGCCGGCCCUGACAGGUGGACACAGAGAUGACCCCAGAUGGAGGCCACCUGUGAGGGAGGGGGUUUGGGUUGAGGAAGAAAGAAAAGCAGUGGCAUUUCCUUGUCCCUUGACAUGUCCUCCAGGGUCUGAGGGCCACCUGGCUCAGCCCCGCCCCCCGUCGCCCCCUCCCCAGGGUGCCGCCCUCGGGACCUCCGGCCUGGGCUGGCCCCUAGGCCUGGCUGACUAGGGCUGGGGGCCCUUCAAUCUCAGUGGGGGAAACAAACAGAAAUAUUUCAGCAGGCCCCCCUCUCAGCCCCCACCCCAUGCCCUGGAGAAGGGGGAGAGCCCGCGCCCUCAGAGCUGAAGGCCGCGCCCUGCCCCUUCCCGGCAGCUGAGUGCUCCCAGUGUUCUCCUUCCCUCCUGUUCCCCAGGACACGAGUGUGCCCACCAGGAAGGGCAGCCCCCAGGACUGGGGACAGGCGUGCAGAGAAGCAGCCCGGGCCCCGACUCCCUUCCCGUCUUGGAGUAGAGUGUGUUUGGGGGGACAUGGGUGGUCCUUAGGGGCCCCACACUGCCCUCCCCUGUGUCCUGCUGUCCCUGUAGCCACAUGCCCAGAGCCCGGCAGAGAAGGGCGGCACCACUGCCGUCACAGCUGAGGAGAGCCCCAGCGGGAGGGACCCUGGGCACGGGGGACGGGCCUGCUCUUUGCUGGCGUCCGUCUCUUGCCACUGAAGCUCGUGCAUCUCCAGGAGCCCUCGCUCCCCGGCCACCAAGCCCUGCGCGGGCCGGGGGCCACUGCCACCUUUGGGAGGUGGCGUGGUGGCCAGGGGUCAGUGCCUGCAGGCCAAGGCCACGUCCUCCAUCUGACCAUGCCUUUUAAGGCCUGGCUGAGCCUCCCGUGGGUGAUGGACAGUUUGUCCUAAUGAUCUCUGGGCACGGCGGGUAGAUUCCCCAGGGGGAGGCAGGCAGGGAAGUGGCAGUGCGGGCUUUGGGGUCAGUCUCUGGGUUGGGCAUCUCGGCUGAGCCCGCUAAGCCCCCUUUCUCUCAGCCUGGGGGUGGGGGUGGCUUGGCCUUGCCGCACGGGGUGGCAGUGAGGGCCCGCUGACGUGGGCAUGCCCAGGUUGUGGCACAGAGCGGUGCUCGUGAAGUCCCGUGCUGCUGGGCUAAACAUCGGAGUGAGGCCCGGAGGGAGGGGGUCUGGCGGACAGACAUAUGGCCCGGGGUGCGGGGCACGUUAGGACAAGGGGGAGGUGUGGUUGGGGAGGAGACAAUUACAAAGGGGAGAGGGACAAAGGAGCCCACAAAUCUAGGGAAGAAGGCCCAGCUCCCCAUCCUAAAGGUUUGGGAAGACCCAGAAAAGCCGUUGCCACUGGGACCCAGCGCCCUCUUGCCAGGCACCUGCCCCCCCAGCCCUCUCACCCCCACCCCCAAAUCAAGACCACCUUUCUUCACGGUCACUAUUUAUUCUUCAUUCCUUUUUCUUUUUGUAAGAAAUGGUCACAAAAACCAGUGCAAAACCAUCA